AUGGUGAUUAGUGACAAAUGGAGUGUGUACAGAGAAGUCAGAGAUGAUUCUCCAACUCCAACAGCCCAAAUUGUCAAGGACUUGAUACUUAGUGAUGUAUGGUGGGACAAGGUGGACUACAUUCUUAAGAUUACUACUCCUAUUUAUGAAAUGAUUCGUAUGACAGACACCGACACACCAUGUCUUCACUUAGUUUAUGAGAUGUGGGAUUCAAUGAUAGAGAAAGUGAAGAAAGUCAUAUAUCGAUAUGAGGGCAAGCAAGAAGAUGAGGAGUCAAGUCUGUACUCGGUUAUUUAUGACAUAUUGAUUGCUAGGUGGACAAAAGGAAAUAAUCCACUUCAUUGUUUAGCUCAUUCACUUAAUCCAAGAUAUUAUAGCAAAAAGUGGAUUGAAGAAGGUCCUGGCCGUGAACCACCCCACAAGGAUAAAGAGGUAUCAAAAAUGAGGAUGGUUUGCUUCAAGAAGUUCUUUCCCAUGCCGGAAGAAUUGGCUAAAGUAAAAAGAAGAGUACUCAAGGUUCUCUAG